UGUGCAGCUGUGCUCAUGCCCGAGAGUCUUGCUUGGUUAAGUCUUAAGGAAAAAAUUAAAAUUAAUUAAGAAUUAAGAUGCAUGCACAUGGUCCGUUUCUUUUGGGCAUAAAUAUAGCUUAACUCACUCUUUGAGAAAAUUCUAAUACUACCUACUAAAAGUGUCCCACUUUCACAUCCUUUAAGUCCUAACUCUAAAAAAAUCUUAAAAAAACGUCAAGUCGUGCAAUUUCUACGUAAAAAAUUCACAAAAAUUACUCUACUUUCUUUCGUUGACCCGACCCGGUCAAUACUCGUAUGACUCAAAUCUUCUAUAAAUCAUGCAUCAUUUGUUCUCCUUCUUAUACUUCACUUUCUAUCAUCUUAAAUUUCCUACUCAACACUCCAUUCAUUUCCUCCACAUCUAAGAUUACUCUCUUUGUCCCUCUCUAGUAAUCUAGUCUCUUCCCUUUUCUUCCACUCCUACGUAGGUGUUAUCAAAAAUAUGCCGGAACCGCAAAAGGUGGUGUUGGCAUUAGAUGUACACGAUGAUAAGCAAUGGAAGAAAAAGGUUUUGAAGAUUGUCUCUUCAGUUCAUGGAAUUGAUUCAAUCUCAUUGGACAUGGAAAAGAAGAAGCUAACCCUAAUAGGAAACAUGGAUCCAUUGGAAGUGGUGAACAAAUUAAGGAAGUCGUAUUAUACAACCAUAGACACAAUUGGACCUGCAAAAGAAGACAAAAAAGAAGAAAAAAAGGAUCCUGAAAUUGUCCCUAUUGUUUACGAUCCAUUUUAUUACCCUAGGUGUUACUGUAUUUACUAGCUAUCACACUUGUGUGUUACAUGUACUAGCUAGGAUAUAAUAAACGAGGUCAUAGUUAUUUUGUUAU